AUGUCCAGUGCUGGAGCAUCCGCUGGGCCUUCGGAGGAGAAGAAUCCCGCGCCCGCUCCUUCAUCGUCGACGCGCCGCAAGAGCAGCCGCAGAAAGGAAGCACAAGACCCUACUACCUCCGCAACCUCGCCGGGCCGCCGCUCGAAGAAACACUCGAGCAAGCCCGACGAAGACGUCGACAUGGGAGAUGAGGACGACAUUCCGGAAGGACAAGACGAGGGUGCAGACAGAGGUCGACAUGGCAUGAGCGAUGACAGCACUGGUGAGGGUAUGCCACGGUACGACGAGGACGAUGAAGAAGACGACGAUGAUCCGUUUGGAGGUAGCUUCCUCGCCCGCGGUGGGCCAGGAGCGCUGUCGAAUACUCUUCGGGCACUGAGUGGCAUGAUGUCGGGAAUGUCCUCACGACUGCGCAACAUACUGGAGAACUUGAGAAACAAAGACGACCCAUCAGUGCAAUUGAUCGCACUGCAGGAGCUCUCAGAGAUUCUGCUUGUUUCGACUGAAGAUAAUCUUGCGGGUCACUUCUCGCCAGACCAGUAUGUCAAAGAGCUAGUCACCCUCAUGCAACCGAACGAAUACGGUGAUGAGAAUCCGGAAAUCAUGCUUCUAGCGUGUCGUUGCAUCGCAAACUUGAUGGAAGCUCUUCCUGCGGCCACAGCCAAUGUCGUCUACGGGGGCGCAGUCCCGAUUCUGUGUCAGAAGCUGCUGGAGAUUCAUUUCAUUGAUCUGGCGGAACAGGCCCUGAGCACACUCGAAAAGAUUUCGGUUGAAUUCCCUGGCUCUAUCGUCCGUGAAGGCGGAUUGACCGCCUGUUUGACCUAUUUGGACUUUUUCCCCACGAGCACGCAGAGGACCGCUGUCACGACUGCGGCUAACUGCUGCCGCAACAUACCUGGAGACUGCUUUGCUACUGUCCGGGACGUGAUGCCAAUUCUCCUCAACGUCCUCAAUAGCAGUGACCAGCGUGUUGUUGAGCAAGGCUGCUAUUGUGUUUCGAGGGUUGUCGAGAGUUUCAAAUACCAAGAGAGCAGGCUCGAAGAGCUCGUGAGCCCAGAGUUGCUUCAAACUAUAUUGCGCCUCCUACUACCGGGCUCGACGAACCUCAUCGGUCCAAACAUCCACACCCUCUUCCUCCGUGUUCUCUCCAUCACGGCCCGGGCCAGCCCGCGGCUCUCGGUGGAGCUCUUCAAGAUGCAGGUGGUGGAUACCCUUUACCAGAUCCUGACUGGUGUAUCACCACCUGACGGUACUGAGGACAUUGCGACCAAGAUCGAUAGCGUGGUCAUUAUGCAAGCACUUAUCCACCGGCCGCGCGAGCAAAUCUUCGAGACCUUGAAUGUCAUUUGUGAGUUGUUACCUAGUGUACAGAAGGAUGGACUCAUGUACUUGGACGAUUUACUUGAUGCUGGGUACCCUGGCGAUGACUCGAUGUCAAUGUCUACCAGAUCAAAAAAGUCUCCGAACGAGAAGAGGCUGGAGCUCUUGGAAAGCUGCAGAGAUGAACUCAAACGCUUUGCAGUCAUCCUUUUGCCAACCCUGACCGAUGCCUACUCGAGCACUGUCAACCUUAGCGUACGUCAAAAGGUCUUGACGGCUCAGCUCAAAAUGCUCUCCAAUUUGGACGAAGAAAUUCUGAAGGAAGCACUCCGGGCUGUGCCGUAUGCUUCCUACUUGGCCUCUAUCCUUUCUCAACAAGACCACUCGACCCUAGUUACUUUUGCUCUACAGGCGGCGGAACUUCUCCUGAAGCGCCUGGAGCAUAUUUAUAGGUACCAGUUCUACCGCGAGGGCGUUAUUGCCGAAAUCUCAAGACUGGCCGAGAGGCCAUGCAAGAGCCUGGAGGAGAAACCAAAAUCUCCCAAGAAAGCCUCUGCUGGUGAUCCCCUUGGGACUUCGAGUGUAGCGAGCAGCUUGGCAGGUGAUGAGGAGCUCGAACGCGGCAUGGACGACGACCAGGACCACGACAUGCAUUCCGAAGAGGACGAUGAGGGCCGCCAUGACCAUGACGACGAAGAUGAUGAGGAUGACGACUCUGAUUCUUCUUCCUCCUCUGACCACCGCUUGGUCGCUCCUCUGCCAAAUAUUGAUGAUAUCAUAACGAUGCGUGCGAAGAAGUUCAUGGAAGUCCAUGAAAGCAACCAAGGUAAAGACAUGCGCGAUAAGGCACUUGCAAUCCUGGAAGGCCUGAGGAGCUUAGCUCAAGAAAUCAAGGGUUCUUACACUGGCGAUUACAUUGGCAACGGCAACAACCUCUUCGUACGUCUGGCCUCUUAUUUCGACGGUGAUGCUCUUGAAAGCAUAACCAGCUACGAACUGCUUACCUCUGGUAUUGUCGAGUCUUUGCUCGAAUUGUUCUCUGAUUCAAAUAUCGAGGGCAAGGUCGAGGCGAGGACUGCAUUCCUCGAAGCGUUCAUGGGCACGACGACUCAAAACAAGCAGAAGACCGCAAGCAUUGCCUCGCCCGUCACUCCUUUCAGCAUCCUCGUGAGCAAGCUACAAGAUCUGCUUAGCCGUGCCGAGCAUUUUGAGGUCAUCACUGUCCAUCAAAACACAUUUGACAGUAAUCGCAGUUCUGCCGCAUCUAUGCUGGCCAAACAGCUGCGGUUGAAAUUGGUUGCUGAUGAAGACUCCGGAAUUCCGCGCUCCUACAGGAACAUCAUGGUGUCUAUUCACGCCAUCGCCAAUUUCAAGGCGCUGGAUGAUUAUCUACGGCCUCGGAUCGCUCUUGCGGAUCGUCCUAGACCUUCGGGGCGGAGCAGGGAUGGCGUUUCAGGUGCCAUAGCGGCCUACGCCGCUGCAAUUGCUGGACGCGGUGGCAUGAUGGCAGGAAGAGAUGCCCCUGGCACACCGCCUCUACCGGCCCCUCACCACAGCACGAACCGCGCGUCUUCGUCGAGAAGGACUCCGAAGCCAAAGUCCUCAACUACCGCAAAUGCCGCCCCAGAGUCGAGUGCAACGCCUGCUAAGCAGACCAGCACGAGGCGCUCGAGCAGGAAACGCGAUGAACAAGCGCAAAACCCCCCGCCUCCUCCACCGCCUCCAGCGGCAUCAUCUUUGGAUGAUAUCAGAGAUACUCUGGAAUGUGCUGAUGAAGCUCAGUUAUCCGAUGAGGAUGAGGAUAUGGGAGACGGAGGCGACCUUGACAUUGUUGAUGAUCUCGACGAGGAAAUGGACGAGGAUGUACCGGACCCGUCUGCGGUUAACGUAGAAGUCGCCUCAACCGGAAGAGUGACUGCUCGUCAAGAAGACGGGACGAGGGUCGCUACUCCACUUGGCGGUGCUACGCCCUCUUCUGCACGCGCGGCCCAGGCAGACCGUUCCAUGGCAGAGAGAAUGGCGACCGAACAACUCGCCAACUUGGCCUAUCAGCGCGCUCUUGGUGGCAGCUCUACAUCGUCUUCGCGACCGUUGUCUUAUGCCGCUGCCAUCCAGACCGUUCCUCAGGAUUGGCACAUCGAGUUCAGCGUCAACGACCAGCCCAUUUCCAAUGAGACGACCAUCUACCGUGCCGUUCACAUGAGCCAGACCGAAGGAUCUGAUGCCUCGCGCAACAUUUGGUCGCCAACUCACACUAUCAAGUUCAAACGUGCUGCAGGACCACCACCAGCGGAGAGUUCUCUCACUCCUCCACCAGAAGCAAGUUUAGAGUCGACCUCUGGCAUUCCGCAAUCCUUGAACAAGAAUCCUACCACUUCGAUUAUCUUGCGUUUGCUGAGCAUUCUCCAUGAGCUCAACGCCAACCUUGAUGAUGUCCUCUCUGAGAAGAAGGACGAGAUCAAGGUCAAUGGCGAGCCACCUUCUCAGUUUGUCAACACAAAACUUACUGCUAAGCUCAACCGGCAGCUUGAAGAGCCUUUGAUCGUCGCGAGCAACUGCCUGCCUAGCUGGAGCGAGGACCUUGCGAGGUUUUACCCUUUCCUCUUCCCAUUCGAGACUCGUCACCUUUUCCUUCAGUCAACGUCCUUCGGUUACUCGCGGUCAAUGACUAGAUGGCAGAACGCACAGUCAGCCAACGACUCUCGUCACGAUCGUCAUAGAGAUGAGAGGCCCUUCUUGGGCAGGCUGCAACGACAGAAGGUGCGCAUUUCUCGAACCAAGAUUCUUGAAUCGGCUGUCAAGGUCAUGGAGCUGUACGGUUCGUCUCCUAGCGUGCUUGAAGUGGAGUAUUUCGAAGAAGUUGGUACUGGCUUGGGUCCGACAUUGGAGUUCUACUCUACUGUUUCCAAGGAGUUCUCAAAGAAGAAGCUCAAGCUGUGGAGAGAGAACGAGUCAAACGAGCAGGAUGAGUUUGCUUUUGGCAAGCGUGGCCUUUUCCCAGCACCCAUGAGUGCGGAACAAGCGGAAACCGAGAACGGUAAGAAGGUUAUUCACCUUUUCAAGAUUCUCGGCAAGUUCGUCGCCCGCUCGAUGCUCGACUCGCGCAUCGUCGAUGUCUCUUUCAACCCUACUUUCUUCCGUAUCGGGGACAGCGCUGCAGCUGCACCUUCUUUGGGCAUGGUUAAGUCGGUCGACGAGGAUCUUGCCAAGUCUCUCGCGAUGUUCAAGCAGUUCGCCAACGCGAAGAAGAAGAUCGAUGAGACUCCGCACCUUGAUGCUGCUCAGAAGGUCAAGGCAGUCCAGGAAAUCCAAGUUGCGGGAUGCCACAUUAACGACCUGGGCAUCGACUUCACGCUUCCCGGAUACCCGAUCGAUUUGAUUCCGGGUGGAUCUGAGAUCCCGGUUACCAUCGACAAUGUUGGUUUGUAUGUCGAGAAGGUCUUGGACUUUACUCUCGGCAGCGGCGUUGAGAGACAGGCCGAGUCAUUCCGCAUCGGCUUUUCCCAGGUCUUCCCUUACUCUGCCUUGAAGGCCUUCACAUCGGACGAGCUAGUCAUGCUCUUUGGCCGCGUUGAGGAAGAUUGGUCGCUUGAGACACUCAUGGACUCGAUCAAGGCCGAUCACGGCUACAACCUUGACAGCAAGAGCGUGCGUAACUUGCUCCACGUUAUGAGCGAGCUUACUCCGCCACAACGCCGCGACUUCCUUCAAUUCGUGACUGGCAGCCCGAAGCUUCCCAUCGGAGGCUUCAAAUCUCUCACGCCCAUGUUCACUGUCGUGUGCAAGCCAAGCGAACCACCGUACACGUCUGACGACUACCUGCCUAGCGUCAUGACUUGCGUCAACUAUCUCAAGAUGCCCGACUACUCCAACGUCGACAUUUUGCGCGAGAAGCUCUUCGUCGCCAUUAAGGAGGGCCAGGGCGCGUUCCAUCUUUCCUAA